GUUUUCAUCCGGAGGCCCCUGUCUGUCCUGGAAGUUGAAUGGUGGCCACAGGUGACAGCGCAGCUCUGGAAAACCGCCGGUAUGUUGUCACCCAAACUCAGACACCACCUCCAGGCUUGAGCUCAAGCUUCCCGCCCUCCCAGCCUCCCUGUGCCGUGCCCAAGGCCCGGCACACACCACCACUCCUCUCGCUGUCACCUCGGAUGGAUGCAGUGGGAUGCGGCUAUGUCCUGAGGGCUCAGGGAGGUAGUCCUCCCCCGCCUCCUUCUCUCCCUCCGCCUCCUCACGCAGCGCCUUCCUGCCUGUUAUCUCCAGGCGUGGAGUCUCAUCAGCCUGCACAGUAGCUCUGGCUUCCAGCCGUCUCACCACCAGAGGAGCCGGGAGGGAGGCCGCUCCUAUAUAUCAGCAGCGUCUCAUGUGGUCGACUUCAAGGCCCCUCUCAGGCAAGCUUUCAGUCAAGCCUACAUUGAGGCACACACACACACACACACACACACACAUAACAAACAAACACACACACAGUGGUUUGCAUUCAUUUUAAGAGUGUAAGAAGUGUAGAUUUUAGUGUGACACUCAGAUCGUUCCAGAGAAACUACAAUGGAAACAUGUUCCGCAUCUGAAAUAUUAACAUGUGUCAGUCCCUCUGAAUCAAAGACCAGGGCUCAUUCUACAUUUUGACUCUUUAAACUUAAACAUUCAACGCAGGGGAAAAUCGGUCGGGAAAGAGGCAGAGAAACCAGAGCCUCCCUAAGAGCAGC